AUGGCGUCUGCAGAGGGUAUAUCUAUGGCCAUGGCAGCCGGGACAGAGGCUGCUCGCCAGCACUCUGUUCAAGCUACCAGCUUUGAUUUCCCAUCCGUGCAACAAAUCUUCUCUGAGUUGCCUGAGUCGUCUUCAUCUUUGUCUGAUCGAGGCUCGGAGACGCUGAGCUUGGAAGAGCAUGAGAAGAUGUUUCGUGCCUUGAGCUUGGUCAUUGAGAAUGCCGAGAGCGCGGCCGAGUCCGGAAAUGCCUUUGAUCUUAAGGAGUUGCAUGCUUCCCUGGAACAGGCUGAUGCUGAUGCACGACGUGGUCGAAGGGAUGUGGAGUCCUUGCAAAGUGUGCUGGAAAUUCUCAACAAGCUGUGGGCUAGUAACUCUGAGUUUCUAGUCCAGGCCGCUGAGGUUAUGGCUAAUGGGAGUCGAGAGCUUUCAUGGCGUGGUCCAAUCGGAAAAUCUGGGAUCUUGAAGUUCUUCCUCGAUGUCAUCUCAUCCAAGAAGAAUGUGGGCGUCAAAUUGCUGUACCAUUCUUUGCGGUUGGUGGGCAAUACUUGCGCUGAUAUGAACGAGAACAGGCAGAUUGUCCUCGAGGGGUUCUACACGCUCCCAAUCAUCAGGCAUUUCCUGAACCCUGAGCUGGUGCAUGUUGCGAUUCCAGUUAUCUACAAUAUCUGCAUGGAUUAUGAGCCCGCGCACGCCCAAGUAGCCGAGAACCGAACGGCAUACAUCAUCUUGAAGCUUCUCAAAGACGGUGUUAUUAAGGAUAACAGUGCUCUUCUCAACUUCUCUUAUGACCUGGUGGAGCUGGCCUCGGAGCAAGCACAAGGCAUUGAUAACUCUCCCGAUGGAACUAUCUGGCUUCUCACACAACUCGCCUUGGAAGAAACCGAAUUCGACCACUUCUCUUCACUAGUGAACAGUCUCACAGCCUACCUGGACAAAGAGCGAUUCCAGAACGCCUGUGUUUCAAACAACAUGGUCGAGGACGUGCUAUCUGUUCUUCGCCGGUCCUUCUCCAUCGAAAUCGACGAGACCUCAAAAGAGGAAGUUUCAGGCAUUGCCCAGAUCCGACUCAAGAUCAACCAAGCUCUAGGCGAAGUCUCAGCUUCGGAGUUAUUCGCUGAGCACUACCCUCUUGACUCUGCCCUAGCACAGACACUAAAGUCCUGGAUUAUUGCAGACGAGGAGCAACUUCAGAUCUGCGCGUGCGUCAUGCUCGGAAACCUGGCUCGAUCUGAUGAGGUUUGUCAAGUGAUGGUGCGGGACUUGAAGAUUCAUGUGGAAUUGGUCUCCGUCCUCGAAAGUGGCUCGCGCGGUUCAGUCCUUCACUCUGUCCUUGGCUUUUUGAAGAAUCUCGCCAUCGCUGGUGAUAACCGCGUCAGCCUUGCCGAAGCCGGGAUUAUCCCAGCUGUAUCCCGCUUAUGGGCGUUCGAGUCCGUCCCACAGGUCCAGUUCAUGGCUGCUAGUAUCGCUCGCCAAGUGACUAUCUCUUCCAUGGAAAAUAUCGCGCGUCUGCUGGCUCCGCUGUCAGAAGACCCGGAUUCCCCUGCUCACAAGCGGACCUAUCUUUCCCUACUACUAUCUCUCUUCGAGAAGACUGACUCUGCACCUAUCAAGACGGAAAUCGGACGUACUGUGGCUUCUAUUUGCCGAACGGUUACUCCAAAGGCUCGCGAGGGAGAUGAAGCUGCGAAGUCACUGUUGGAAAAAUUGUACACCCUCCACGAAGGUGUUGCUCGACCAGUCGGUGCAAUGAUUACUCAAACUCAAUGGCCUGUCGUUCGAAGCGAGGGCUGGUUUGCUCUCGCUUUGAUGGCAAGUAACCAUUCCGGCUGUGUAGCUGUGGUGAACUGCCUGCACAACGAAGAGGUUGCAAUGCUACUUAAGAAGACUCUAGAUGGGGAGGUUUCUGCCUCAGAUGCCUCCGAUGAAUCCAGCAAGCCGGAUGAGACCCAAGUGACCAAGGACCGAGACAAUGUCUUUGUUCUUGUGCAGGAAUUGUUGAAGAAUGAGGCUGGUGCACUUCCUAUGGGUUCUCGGGAAACGUUAGAAGGUCUAGUGAAGACUAGCUCGUUACGACUGAAGGGUACACAGGAUGCUUGA